AUGUCCAGCAAUGUACUCUGCCACUCCACCCCAGAGGGCAUUACCACCCUUACCAUCAACCGCCCACACCGCAAAAAUGCCAUUGACCCGGCAACAGCCAAGGUGCUCUACGAGAGAAUUCGCACAUUCGAAGACGAUCCAGCCCAAAAGGUAUGCAUCCUCACAGGGGUGGGAAAUACCUUUUGCGCGGGGGCAGACCUCAAGCAAGUGACCAGCAGUACCACCGCCACCAGUGCGGACGCCCAGCCCAAAUACCAGCGCCAUUUCGACGAACCCCCCGCCUCAGGAGAGCCGUCAUUGGCACCCCUGGGACCGUCGCGCCUGCAGGUUAAGAAGCCCGUGAUUGGGGCGAUUGCGGGCUACGCGGUCGCUGGCGGGCUGGAGUUGAGUCUCCUCUGCGACAUGCGGGUCGUGGAAGAGGACGCCGUGUUUGGCGUCUUCUGUCGGAGAUGGGGCAUCCCCCUGAUUGACGGCGGGACGGUCCGUUUGCAGGCGGUUGUUGGGCUGGGAAGGGCGCUCGAUAUGAUUUUGACGGGUCGGGCUGUGGGGGCUAGGGAGGCGCUUGCUAUGGGGUUGGCGAGUCGCGUGGUGCCCAAGGGGAAGGCCCUCGAUGAGGCUACUGCGAUUGCGAGGCAGUUGGCGGGGUUCCCGCAGCUUACCAUGAAUCAGGAUAGAGACUCGUGCUAUUACAGUGCGUAUCAGGCUAGCUCAUUGCAGAAUGCGCUGCGAUGGGAACAUGUUCACGCCAUGCCGGUCCUGGAGGUGGAAAGUGUGAAGGGGGCUGCUAGGUUCAGUGGUGGUGAGGGAAGACAUGGAUUGUUUAAGAAACAUUCCAAGUUUUGA